CGUCGAGGAACAAAAUGACGAGGGCUUUGUCCAAUACGACCACAAGCUCUAACUUCUAUCGCCACUCACUUCUUUCACCGUUCUCACCGCCGUAUCAGCUUCACUGUCGAAACAUUUCCCUAUUCGCUGCUCCCCGCCGUUUACGUUGCCUCGCCGUUGCUGGUGGCCCUCCUUCUCCUCCAGGCCCUGAUCCGCCUCCGCCUGAGGACACUACUCAGCUUGAAGGUCUUGUGGGAGCUGUGACAAGGAUACAAGACCGAGUAAAGAUCUUCCUAGCAGUGUUUUUUUGGAUGUCUCUCUUCUUCUGGGUUACAGUGACAGAUGGGAGGGGUAAAGGAAAAGGCAAGAAAGGUUCACGUUUCAAAUAGUUUGCAAUAUAUGAAAGGGGCUUUGGUGAUCUCAUCCUAUAUAUAUGUCCAGAGAGAGAGAGAGAGAGAGAGAGAUCAAAUGCCUGUAGAAAAUACACCAAGUAAGCAUCUUUCUUGUACAUCACUACUUAUUCAGAUGAUAAUAGGAUACAAUAAUACAUCAUAACAUCGUGUUAAUCUUGGUUGAUGCUAGAGGUAGAGUUAGUAAUCAUUCCUGA